GUAUAUCAGGUAUAUCAGUAGUACGAUUGGCAUCAGCUAAACAGCUGCCACGUUUGCAAGAGGCACUGAAGCAAAAAUAUAAAGAACGAUGUCAAUUAAAAGUAAAUUCAAACAGUGACAGCAAUUUGGAAGCCCGUGGAAAAGAUGCAUAA